AUGAAUAUCCUUUUACAGGAUCCAUUUGCUGUUCUUAAGGAACAUCCUGAAAAGCUCACACAUACAAUUGAGAACCCUUUACGGACUGAAUGUCUCCAGUACAGUCCUUGUGGUGACUACCUGGCCCUAGGUUGUGCCAAUGGAGCACUUGUUAUUUACGACAUGGAUACAUUCCGGCCUAUCUGUGUCCCAGGGAAUAUGCUGGGGGCACAUGUGAGACCGAUUACUUCUAUCGCAUGGUCUCCAGAUGGCCGUUUUUUGCUUACAAGCUCCAGAGAUUGGUUCAUAAAACUUUGGGAUCUUUCUCUACCAAGUAAGCCAUUGAAGGAAAUUAGCUUUGAUUCUCCAAUUUGGGGGUGCCAAUGGCUGGACGCUAAGAACUGGCUCUGUGUUGCUACAGUAUUUGAGGAAUCAGACGCAUAUGUUAUAGAUUUUAGUAACGAUCCGGUGGCAAGCCUUCUCAGUAAAUCUGAGGAGACAUCAUUGAGCUCAACACCCGAUCAUGGAUAUGUUCUUGUAUGCACUGUGCAUACUAAACAUCAAGAUAUCAUUAUUACUGGGACAUCGAAAGGUUGGUUAAACUUCUAUAAAUUUCAUUCUAUCUCUCAAUCGGAAUGUAUUCAUUCUCUCAAAAUCACGAGCUCGAAUAUCAAACACGUAAUAAUUUCGCAAGACGGUGGGAGAUUGGCUAUUAACUCUUCAGAUAGAACAAUAAGGCAGUAUGAAAUACAUGUUAAUAACGAAACCUCCACCGUAGAGCUAAUUUUAGAGCACAAGUACCAGGAUGUAAUUAACAAGUUGCAGUGGAACUGUAUCCUCUUCAGUAAUAACUCAGCCGAAUACUUAGUUGCUUCUACCCAUGGUUCUUCUGCUCAUGAACUAUACAUCUGGGAAACCACAAGCGGAACGUUAGUGAGAGUUUUAGAAGGUGUAGAAGAGGAGCUGAUAGAUAUCACUUGGGACUUCUAUAGCAUGAGUAUCGUGAGUAACGGUUUUGAAUCUGGGAAUGUGUAUAUGUGGUCCGUUGUUGUACCUCCAAAAUGGAGCGCUUUAGCGCCAGACUUUGAAGAAGUAGAGGAAAAUGUGGAUUAUUUGGAGAAAGAAGAUGAGUUCGACGAAGUCGAUGAAGCUGAGCAGCAGCAGGGGCUGGAAAAGGAGGAAGAAAUAGUUAUAGAUCUUCGAACAAGAGAACAGUAUGAUGUCAGAGGUAAUAAUUUACUUGUGGAGCGGUUCACAAUUCCCACCGAUUAUAUACGGAUCAUAAAAAUGCAGUCAUCGUCAGGUUGA